AUGGCAACAGGCGGUACGGCGCCGCCCAUAGCAAUGGCCAAUCACCCUCACUCGCUGCUGGACCAAGACAGCACCGUGUCGAGCCCUCUCAGCGAGGUCGAAGACAAGGAUGCGGAGCCCGAUGACAUGGAUAUCGACAUGAACAGUAACCAUUCCGACGGCGACGAGCCUUCCAAUCCUGAAAAUGGCCGCGCACACGACCCCGCCGUCCAGCCACCGCACGACGACUCCGACUCUAACCUCUCAGAAAUUGAGACCAACGACUCCGAGGCCGAAACAGAGCGCCUAUACGACACCCCGCGCAAGAGUAAUAAUCAGCCAAGCGACUCAAUUCCGAAUGCGAAAAUUGACAAAAGGCGAUCACCCGACAAAGCUGCCCACACAUUUCAGAGAAGCUCAAGCAAGCUGCAAGGCAAGGCACAAGCUGGCCUUGGGGCUGGAUCCGGCGGUGACGACAACGAUGGUCUCUCCGACGACCGUCAUGAUGCCGACGACGAAGAUAAGGGCUCCACUGUCGACAGCGAAGCGGAUUCUGAGAAAGAGGACGGGGUAACACGGGCAAAGGCAUCGCAAAACCAGCGUACCAAGUCGCAAGAGUCACACAUCAUUGCAAGCUCUACGCUGGCUGGCAGUGGCAGUGACAACUCCUUGGCAGACUCGAGAAAACGCAAAAGAUUGCCCGCGGCAGAACGGUCCGAUUCCAAUCAGCCACUGCGGAAGAGGACCGCCUCAAUCCCAGAGCCAGGCGACGAAUCGUCUUCCCUCUCUAAGAUCGAGUCAGAAGACGUUGCUUUAAGUAACAUCAUGGGCAAUAAGAGCGCUGAGCACACUGCCGACGAGGACGAUGAAGAAACAGCAAUAAAGAAUACAGGAGACAUUACAGACUCGGUUGAGAGGCCGACGAAUGAGGUUAGCAAGCCAAAGAAGUCGAAGCGCAGCACGAAGAAGCGAAAGGCCUCGUCGGAAACCGUCGAGGACGCACCCGAGGGAGAAGAGCCUACAGCAACGCCAAUCCAGACUGUCGAGGACGAGCAGGCUGAAGCUGGAGUUGAUGAGGAAGCCGAAGCCGUGCAUAAAAACGAGGAAGAAAUGGAGAAGAAGCGCAGUGCUUUCGACCAGCUCUCUUCAAUUGAGAAGAACUUUGCAGUACUAAGGGAUCGACUGUACGAAGAGCGACUUGCACAGCUGAACGAAGAAGAAGCAAUGCUGACAAGCGACAAUCCAACCCACCCCGAAUACCUGGCCAUGAUGCAUUGCAUCGACAGCCGCCGAGACGACAGGGUAAAAGUUGUCGAGCUCGAGUACAAGUUCAAUAUGGAAGCUCUAGACCGUUGGGCUGUGGCCCGGCGAGCACAGAUUCUCUCUCAAUUCUUCCAGAGCGCACGCGAACUGAGGGAAAAGUACGUGGAUGAGCUCGGCAGACAAUGGUACGAGAUACAACAUGAGCGACGGCGCAACGCCAAUCCUAUACCAGACUACGGCUUCCGUUUCCCCAAGACGAAGGCCGAACAGAAGAGGCACGCGAUUGCACAAGGAAAGGAAACGUCGAUACUGGCUGGCAUCGCUCAGCACCACGGGUUCCCAGCAGCGCCAGAUAUGCGUGGUGCGUCAUCGACAGAGGUCGAGGAUGACUUUGAAGCAAUGGCUCGAGCGCGACAGGGAACGCAUCCCGGCGUGUCGCAGCGGAUGCAGCCCGCUUUACAUGAUUACGCCGCGGCGGCACAGUUCGGACAAGCUCUUGGGCCUGCGGGCCAAGAAUACAUCGAGAGCCACGCGUGGGCGAACCCAAAACACCCUUCUCAUGGUGCGACCUCCCGGCGCCAGUCACACGGUGCCGCGUAUGCUGGUCCUCCCGCCUUGAUGGGCCAUGCGAGGGCAUCGCACCAACCUGUGGGUGGAAUGUGGUUUGCCAAUGGCCAAAUGAAUGGAGAUGCCAAUCAUCGACACCUCACGGCAGAUUCGGAGCCAGCGCACCCACGGAGAGCAGUUGAGACGGUCAAGUCCAAGCGCGAGGCAGUCGCAUGA